AAUAAACUCUCUUCAAUGUCGAAACAAAUCGCCAAGUAUUUAGGAUUGGCUGAUGUUGAAUCGUACACCGGACACAGCUUCUGAAGAACUUCAGCAACACUUCUUACUGAUUCUGGAGCAAAUAUAACAACCAUAAAAAGACAUGAUGGAUGGAGGUCAGACACAUUAGCAGAAGGAUAUAUAGAAGACUUUGUUGGGACCAAGCGAAGAAUUGGAAAAAUGAUACUCAUCGAUUAA